CGGCCGGCAUUGUUAGACCAGAGACUAUACGAGACGGUUUGACAGGCGGAAUUAAACAAUACGCAUUCAAGAGGACUGCUAUGUGUUCUUUUCCUAUUUUCAACGGCUGCCGUAACUAUGACAACAACGGAUUACGACCGGAAGUCGGCUGUUAAAAGGACCGCAUGUUGAACCUUAACCGUUGUCCACCCACAAUGUCCACGUGACCCUGUCCGAGUGACUCUGUGUUUUCCGCUUCAUUGGAAACGUCCAGAUUGUCUCCUCGUGUCCUGCGGAGCUCAUGACGUCAGCGUGCCAGCAGGAGAUACACGGACCCGAGCGGAGCCGAGCGACACCGAGUGAGCAGCGGGUCCGAGUGAGCGAAACGUUUUUAACGGAGUUGUCUGGAGGAAACGUUUCUGUGAGCUCGUGAACAUGUGUAAAGUCCAAAUGCUGAGACGUUUAGUCAACCAGCGAUUAACUGCGGCUGCGCAAGAGAUAUGUGGGCUGUUUGACAGAACGAUAGCAGAGUACGAGGAGGAACUUUGUAGUUCUAAAGAGGAAAACGAGCGACACCGGAAACUACUGGACGCUGUGUUCAACCCGAAAGUUCGGUUACAACGAACAGAGGAACCAGAGCCCCGCCACAUUAAAGAGGAACAGGAGGACCCAGAGCCCCCCCACAUUAAAGAGGAACAGGAGGACCCAGAGCCCUGCCACAUUAAGGAGGAACAGGAGGAUCCAGAGCCCCCCCACAUUAAAGAGGAACAGGAGGAUCCAGAGCCCCCCCACAUUAAAGAGGAACAGGAGGACCCAGAGCCCCCCCACAUGAAAGAGGACCAGGAGGAACUCUCAACCAAUCAGGAGGGAGAGCAACUACCAGGGCUGGAGGAGGCUGGUAUCAAGCCAUCAUUCACUUCUGUAAAGAGUGAAGAUGAUGAAGAGGAAGUUCAGUCCUCUCAGCUUCAUCAAAGACAAAAUGAACAGAUGGAAACAGAAGCUGAUGGAGCGGAUUGUGGAGGACCAGAACCAGACAGGAAGUUAGAUCCAGAAAGUGAUUCAGGACCAGAUACUGAUGAGACUGAGGACAGUGUUGAUUGGGAGAAGACUCGGGAACCUCAGUCAGAUGUGAACCCUCUGCAAAACAAAGAAGUACCUGUAAGUGAUGUGGACUGUAGUACUAGAAAUACAUCAAUCAACUUGCCUGAAUGUGCUGCAAGCUUUGACCACAAGGGACAUCUGGAGAAACCCACCAGCUCCUACACAGGAGAGAAACAAUUUCAAUGCUCGCUUUGUGACAAAAGAUUUCGAAUCAAGAAGGGUUUAAAGAGACACAUGUUUAUCCACACAAGAGAGAAACCAUUUCGUUGUUCAGUUUGUAGUAAGACAUUUACACGUAAGGUACAGCUGGAUAGCCACAUGACUGUCCACAAAGGAGAGAAACCAUUUCAAUGCUCUCUUUGUGACAGAACAUUUCGAUUCAAAAACGCUCUAAAGAGACACAUGUAUGUUCACACAGGAGAGAAACCAUUUAGUUGUUCUGUGUGUAGUAAAACAUUUAGACAAAAAGGAAACCUGAACUUUCACCUGACUGUCCACACACGAGAGAAACCAUUUAGUUGUUCACGUUGUAGUAAAACAUUUACACGUAAGGGACACCUGAAAAUUCACAUGACUGUCCACACAGGACCGAAACAAUUUCAAUGCUCUUCUUGUGACAAAAUAUUUGGAUUCCAUAGUGAUCUAAAAAUACACAUGGAUGUCCACACAGGAGAACAAAUGUAGUUGUUCAAUUUGAAGUAAAACUUUUUCACAAAAGCAAAUUUUGAAACAUUUAAUUGUCCACACUAGAGAAACAAAUUAGUCUAUAAAUCCACAACCAAAUAGACAAAUCCACAAAUAAAUGCAUAAAUAUAUUUGUGAUUUUUCUUUAAAUUUGUAUUAAUCGUAAUUUACUUGCGUGUGCAUGAAUGUAUUUGUGGAUCUUUUUGUGUGCAUUUGUAAAAUUUGAUCUAUUUGUGAAUUGUUCCGUGCGCGUUCGUGUGUGUGAUUGCAUUUACAAUUAUUGCGACUGAUCUGACACCAUAGUAUUCAGCUAAGAUCAAGCUACACAUCAAUUCAUAUUUUUUGCUAUGAGUUUCUCUGUUAUUGUCUUGUGCUUCAUGUGUUAUGUAUUGCCAUGUAUAUAUGAAUUUAAAUUGUUUUACAAUGUCAGUUUUAUUGUAGAAACUGACAUUGUAUUCCAUAACUGAAGAAUGACUGAAUUGAGAAAAGAAUUGUGGUUAAUUGCCUCCUUCCUCCUUUCUUCUUCAACAUCAUCCUCUCCUGAUCUCCUCUCUUUGAGAUUUAGGGAUUCCUUUGUUUUAAGACGUGAAUAUUUUACCUUUUGUUGACCGAACGUUCUCUCUUUGAUUCACUCGUAUUGUAACAGCUAUUCAAGUAAUGUGUUGUUGUUUUCUUGGUGGCUCACACACAUUUGGAAAGUUCAGCCAAUGUUUCCACCACAAUGACUUCAGUUCAAUGUUGUUCUUCCAUAUUUGUCCAGAGUUUGUAACCAAGCUGCAGCAGCCGGUUUUUCUUUUUAAACUAAAUAUGUGUGUUCAUGAUGAAUGUUUGUUCAUGGAAGUUACAUUUAAAAUGUGCAUAUAAAAUGUUGAAUGAA